ACGGCGUGUUUUUUUUUCCUUUCUUUCAUGAAUUAAGAAGGGUUUUAACAAAAUUAGUGGUGGAAGAUAAGAACGUCAGAACAGUGUUAGAAAAAAACAAACGGCGUGUCACGCGGGUGACCCGGGUUCGAUCCCCGGCAACGGCGUGUUUUUUUUUCCUUUCUUUCAUGAAUUAAGAAGGGUUUUAACAAAAUUAGUGGUGGAAGAUAAGAACGUCAGAACAGUGUUAGAAAAAAACAAACGGCGUGUCACGCGGGUGACCCGGGUUCGAUCCCCGGCAACGGCGUGUUUUUUUUUCCUUUCUUUCAUGAAUUAAGAAGGGUUUUAACAAAAUUAGUGGUGGAAGAUAAGAACGUCAGAACAGUGUUAGAAAAAAACAAACGGCGUGUCACGCGGGUGACCCGGGUUCGAUCCCCGGCAACGGCGUGUUUUUUUUUCCUUUCUUUCAUGAAUUAAGAAGGGUUUUAACAAAAUUAGUGGUGGAAGAUAAGAACGUCAGAACAGUGUUAGAAAAAAACAAACGGCCAUGGGGUGGGGUCACCUCGGAAGGCAUGGGUCAGAUUCAGGCAACGGAACGGAGGCUGGGCCGAGCAGCACCGCCACCGAGCCACGGCGGUUCCCACUGGCGGCACAGCCAGAAAUGAUGCGUGCCGCCGAGAAGGACGAUCAAUACGCAUCUUUCGUCUACGAAGCCUGUCGUGAUGCCUUUCGUCACCUCUUUGGUACCAGAGUUGCAGUGGCUUACCAAAACGAGACGAAACUCUUAGGGCAGAUGCUUUACUACGUUCUCACAACUGGCUCCGGACAACAAACCCUUGGAGAGGAAUACUGCGACAUCACUCAGGUUGCAGGAACUUAUGGACUUCCUCCAACGCCUGCGAGGCGUGCUCUUUUCAUUGUAUAUCAGACUGCUAUUCCAUAUAUGGCAGAACGGAUUAGUUCUAGAAUUGCUUCACGAGGCAUUGUCCUUGCUGACUCAGAAUCUGCCGAGGGUUUUGGAGAAAAUGCCCACAGGAGCCCUGGUUCUCAGAUUUCUGGCACUGGUCCUUUAUCCUCGUCGGGACAAUCUGUGACAACUCUGUCAAGGUUGAAGGGGAAACUGAGUGCAUUUUGGUUGCAUUUGGUUCAGAGAUGGCCCACGAUGCUCCCUUUUGUUCGUGAGUUCUUGCAGUUGGCUCUUCGUGCUAACCUCAUGUUAUUCUACUUUGAAGGCCUCUAUUAUCAUAUAUCCAAACGUGCUGCUGGCAUUCGAUAUGUAUUUAUUGGAAAAGCAUCAAAUCAAAGACCUAGAUACCAAAUACUGGGAGUAUUUCUGUUGAUUCAACUUUGUAUAAUAGCUGCUGAAGGUCUCCGCCGAAGAAAUUUUACUUCAAUUGCUGGUUCAGUUCAUCAAGCAUCCUUUGCAUCCCACGAUAGAUCAGCAGGACAUGGUUUACCUGUUUUAAAUGAAGAGGGUAAUCUGGCAACUCCAGAUAUUGACAAAGGAAGUUGGGUCUCUGAUUCUUCAUCUUCUGAGCAUCAUGCAGUUAGUGGGGUUAGCAAGUGCACACUUUGCCUGAGUAAUCGUCAAUACCCAACAGCUACUUCCUGUGGCCAUGUAUUCUGCUGGAACUGUAUCACAGAAUGGUGCAACGAAAAGCCAGAGUGCCCUCUUUGCCGCACUCCCAUAACACACUCGAGUCUAGUUUGUGUAUAUCAUUCGGACUUCUAGAAUCUGCUCUUCUUUAUGUACAUAUAUAGAACAUAGCAUCAAAGGAAACAUUUUCCUCAUCCUAGAUCUGACCAGGACUGUAUGAACAUUUGAGUAAUUCAUUUUUGUAUAACGAUGUCAAUAAUUAAUUUGAUUACAUUCUCGGGGUUCAAGUUUCA